ACAUCACAAAGACGCUUGAUUCAGGUACCUGUCAAACAUUUCAGAGACGUGUUAUGAAUCUCUAUGACAACAAACUGGGAAAAUGGAGUACACUGGAAGCAAUUACAAAGGCGACUACAAAAAUGGACGGAUGGAAGGUAAAGGCACGUAUGACUUCCCUACAGAGACUCGGUAUGAAGGGGAGCUGAAGGAUGGGAUGUUUCAUGGCAAAGGAACUCUCUUUUUCCCAAAUGGAAGCAAAUAUGAGGCCACGUGGGAAGAAGGAAUUGCUUUGGAAGGAAAAUACACAUUUUCUGAUGGUCUACCCUAUGAGGAAGAGGAUUGGCAAUACUGUGAUGGCUAUGACAGGCGAUUCUAUACAGAAACUUGUAAUGGCCUAAAACCUGCAGGUCGCUCACAGCUGACCAACAGAAUACCACCUAGAACUAUACCUGAAGGCUGUUAUGACUGUGGUGAUGGAUUCUACAACCCCAAAUCUAGGGUGGUGGUCGACUAUAACCAUAAAUUCCUCAGGAAUGCAGAUGAUGAUGAACACAGUUGGAUUAUCAAAAAAUGUCGCAAAGGCUGGGACGAGUAUGUUGGCUUCAAGAAAGGAAAGACGUCGGCAUAGUCAUUUGAUUAUUUAUAAACAACAAAUCUGUGUUUAAUAUAUGUUUUUAACACUUUGUAAUACAAUGUAUAUGCUCAUGCAUUUUUUUUAUGGUUUUAUUAUCCACAUUCAUAUUGAAUUUAAACUGGACCUAGUGAUUCAAUGUCUAUAUAGUGAACUAUAGCCAAUAAUAGUACCAAUGUUAAAGAAAUGAAUCAGAAGGGUUGUCAGAAGUUAGAAUUGGAUACCACAUAGUAUAUGGCAGGUGUGUGUUGUUCUUAUUUAAUUUGUUAUUCAAACUCACAAAAACUGGGUCCAGAUAUUUCAGCAGUCAGAGAGUAUCUUGUGUAGGAACUACAGUGUACACCUGGGCCAUUCUGAUGGGUACAGAUGUGGAACUCAGCUGGCAGUGAUGUAUAUUUUGUGAAGGGACCUCCUGAUACAUUCUCAGUGCCCAAAUAUUUUGGAUAGAUACUUCCUGUUCUAGUUUUCACGUUCGGAAAUUGUUAAAUGCGUUUAUGUACACGUUACAAAUAUUUGAAUAUUUGAAUCAUGGAAAAAAACAUUGUUGAAUGUUGAAAAUAUUGAUGAUAAUGAAAUGUUGGGAUGAAAUCUAAUGAUUCAAUUCCAGUAAAGUCUUACACGAUG